GGGGCACGGAGCGGGCGGGCAGGGGGCAGUACAGCCUUCUUUCUGAGAAGCUGAGAGCGAGAAGGGAGCUAGGAAAACAGGCAAGAGGUCUGCCCCACCUCCCUAAAGUUCUGCCCCCGGGAGAACGGCGACCUGCUGCUGGAAUUUGCCUGCAGUGCACGCAGCCUCAGGACCCGGGGAACGUGGCCUAGGGUUUCCACGCCCGGCCCGGGGGCCAGUGCUUCUCUCCAGGUCAUGGAAGCGCCCGGCAGCAGAUUGGAGCCGCCACCGCUCCCCGAGUACAGCUGCAGCUACGUGGUGUCGCGGCCGGUCUACAGCGAGCUCGCCUUCCAGCAGCAGUACGAGCGGCGCCUGCAGGAGCGCAAGACGCUGCGGGAGAGUCUGGCCAAGGGCUGCAGUUGUUCGAGAAAGAGAGGCCUGGCUGUGUUGAAGAAUCUCUUGCCCAUCCUGGACUGGCUCCCCAAGUACCGAAUCAAGGAAUGGCUGCUUAGUGACAUCAUCUCGGGAGUUAGUACUGGCCUGGUGGGCACCCUGCAAGGCAUGGCGUAUGCUCUCCUGGCUGCCGUUCCUGUCGGAUAUGGUCUCUACUCUGCUUUUUUCCCUAUCCUAACAUAUUUUAUCUUUGGAACAUCAAGACACAUCUCAGUUGGGCCUUUCCCUGUGGUCAGUUUAAUGGUGGGAUCUGUUGUUCUGAGCAUGGCCCCCGACGAACACUUUCGCAUAUCCAGCAGUAAUGGCACUGCGUUCAAUGCCACCGUGAUAGACUCUGAGGCUAGAGACACAACAAGAGUAUUGAUUGCAAGCACCCUUACUCUUCUGGUUGGCAUCAUACAGUUGAUAUUUGGAGCUUUGCAGAUCGGAUUCAUAGUGAGGUACUUGGCAGAUCCUUUGGUUGGCGGAUUCACAACAGCUGCUGCCUUCCAAGUGCUCGUCUCACAGCUGAAGAUCGUUCUCAACGUUUCGACCAAAAACUAUAAUGGCGUUCUCUCCAUUAUCUAUACUCUGAUUGAGAUUUUUCAAAAUAUUGGCCACACCAAUCUUGCUGAUUUUAUUGCUGGAUUAAUCACCAUUAUCAUCUGUAUGGCAGUUAAGGAAGUAAAUGAUCGAUUUAAGCACAAAAUUCCAGUCCCUAUUCCUAUAGAAGUAAUUGUGACAAUAAUUGCUACAGCCAUUUCAUAUGGAGCCAACCUGGAAAAAAAUUACAAUGCUGGCAUUGUUAAAUCCAUCCCACGGGGGUUUUUGCCUCCUGUACUUCCACCUGUGAGCUUGUUUUCCGAGAUGUUGGCUGCAUCAUUUUCCAUCGCCGUGGUGGCCUAUGCUAUUGCAGUGUCUGUAGGAAAAGUAUACGCCAUCAAGUAUGAUUACACCAUCGACGGGAACCAGGAAUUCAUUGCCUUUGGGAUCAGCAACAUCUUCUCGGGAUUCUUCUCUUGUUUUGUGGCCACCACAGCCUUGUCCCGCACCGCCGUCCAGGAGAGCACAGGGGGAAAGACACAGAUUGCCGGCAUCAUCUCGGCUGGGGUUGUGAUGGUCGCCAUUGUUGCCCUGGGGAAGCUGCUGGAACCCUUGCAGAAGUCGGUCUUGGCAGCUGUUGUAAUCGCCAACCUGAAAGGGAUGUUUAUGCAGGUGUGUGACAUUCCUCGUCUGUGGAGACAGAAUAAGAUCGAUGCAGUUAUCUGGGUGUUUACGUGCAUAGCGUCCAUCAUUCUGGGGCUGGACCUCGGUUUACUAGCUGGGCUCAUGUUUGGAUUACUGACUGUGGUCCUGAGAGUUCAAUUUCCCUCAUGGAACAGCCUUGGAAGCAUUCCUAGCACAGACAUUUACAAAAGUACCAAGAAUUACAAAAAUAUUGAAGAACCUGAAGGAGUGAAGAUUCUUAGAUUUUCCAGUCCCAUUUUUUACGGCAACGUUGAUGGUUUUAAAAAAUGUAUCAAGUCCACAGUUGGAUUUGAUGCCAUUAGAGUGUAUAAUAAGAGACUGAAAGCACUGAGGACAAUACAGAAACUCAUCAAAAAAGGACAAUUAAGGGCAACAAAGAAUGGCAUUAUAAGGGAUGCUGGUUCAUCAAAUGAUGCUUUUGAGCCUGAUGAAGAUGUUGAAGACCCAGAAGACCUUGAUAUCCCAACCAAGGAAAUAGAGAUUCAAGUGGAUUGGAACUCUGAGCUUCCGGUCAAAGUGAAUGUUCCCAAAGUGCCAAUCCACAGCCUCGUGCUUGAUUGUGGAGCUGUGUCUUUCUUGGAUGUUGUUGGAGUGAGAUCAUUGCGAAUGAUUGUCAAAGAAUUUCAAAGAAUUGAUGUAAAUGUGUACUUUGCAUCGCUUCAAGAUCAUAUGAUAGAAAAACUGGAGAAAUGUGGUUUCUUUAAUGAUAACAUUAGAAAGGACAUAUUCUUUUUGACGGUCCAUGAUGCUGUCCUCCAUCUACAGAACCAGGUUAAAUCCCAAGAGGUUCAAGAUUCCAUUUUAGAAACGAUUACACUCAUCCAAGACUGUAAAGAUCCUCUUGAAUUAAUGGAAGCAGAGCUGAUUGAAGAAGAACUUGAUGUCCAGGAUGAGGCUAUGCGUAGCCUUGCUUCCUGAAAGUGGGCUCAGGAGGUUGCUAUAAGCCGGGACUGCAAGGCAGAAUUUACCCACCAACGUAAUUCUAUGCAAACAUUUUCUGCAUGGACUAUUUCUUUGGACUUGAGACACUCAUUCUCUUUCCAUUCGAUUUUUUUUAAAAAAAUCUUUUUUUUUUUAACUUCUUAGCCAAUGAAAGAGAACGACUAAGAUUUAUUUUUAAGGCUUGAUUUAUAAAGUAAAUAGCUUACCUCUACAAUGAGCAAAACGGUGAAGAUUAUCCAGGUGAUUUAGCAAUGUCCAGGAUCUGCUGAUGUUAUGCUGCUGUUCCUUCAUAUCAGAUUUGCUAACAGUGCUCUAGUGGGGACUGGUGUACCCCUGUUUAGUCGGGGUAAGUGUGCCCCAACAGUCUCUGUGGUCAGGUGAGUCGGGAAGGAUUAUCCUAAGAAAAAAUCAAUUUCUGACUGACCUCGAUUCCCAUGAGCUGCAUCGAUCACAGUGUAUGGUGGCACUGAAUAAAUAAAGAAGUUUAAUCAUUAAUGCAUUCGUCAAUAAAGGUCUUCAAAAACCACUUUUAGUGAAUACAUCAACAAAGUUUUUAAAAUGCAAAUUUAGUACUCAAUAAUCAGUGUUAUUAUAUGUGACCAGAUUUUUAAAAAAAGGGUCACUUAAAAGGUUCAGAAACAGGCUGAUCUAUUUUAGGGGUGCCUGGGUGGCUCAGUCGGCUAAGCAUCUGACUUCGGCUUAGGUCAUGAUCUCACAGUUCGUGGGUUUGAGCCCCGUGUCGGGCUCUGUGCUGACAGCUCAGAGCCUGGAGCCUGCUUCGGAUUCUGUGUCUCCCUUGCUCUCUCCCCCUCCCCCGCUCACGCUCUGUCUCUGUCUCAAGAAUAAAUAAACAUUAAAAAAAAUAAUAAUAAAAGUUUCAGAAACAGGCUGAUCUAUUUUUAGAAACACUGAUUCAGAGAAGUGAAGCAAUGAGAUUAUUGUGGCUUGUAGAAAUCAUAUUUGAUAUGAUAAUAAUCAUGGAUCACAGUUAAGAUCAAAUACAAUGUAUGACAGACUAUCUCUAGCUUAAACAUGCAGCUUUAAUUUACCUGAGUUUAUAGAAAUGAUCACUGUGUACAGGUCUAUAGAGGUAUGUUCUACUUAAAAUCUAAUGCAAAAAUUGUGUUAUUUUGAACAAAAAAACCCUAAUUUUGAUACAUUUAUAAGACUGAGUUGAUAUUUUUCUCUAAAAUUUUAGGAAGAUGUAAAGCAAGUGAUCUUUAACAGAAUUCUGACCACUUUUCCAAACACAAACAAAAAUAAAUAAAUAAAAAGUGAACAGCCUGAUUAUAAAUCUAUGUUUAAAAUGAGUUUUUAAAGGGGCGCCUGGGUGGCUCAGUCGGUUGAGCGUCCGACUUCGGCUCAGGUCAUGAUCUCACAGUCUGUGGGUUCGAGCCCCGCGUCAGGCUCUGUGCUGACAGCUCAGAGCCUGGAGCCUGUUUCCAAUCCUGUGUCUCCCUCUCUCUCUGCCCCUCCCCCAGUCUCACUUUGUCUUACUCUGUCUUUCAAAAAUAAAUAAAUAUAAAACAAAUUUUAAAUGAGUUUUUAAAGAUGGAACAUUCUAAAUGAGCUCAAUAUCAAAAGAAAAAAAAACUUGUUUGGACUAUAUACAUAGAAAAUAUAUAGUUUUUUUAAAAGUUUAUAUAUUUAUUUUUGAGAGAGAGGGAGAGAGAGUGUGUGAGAGCAAGUGAGGGAGGGGCAAAGAGACGGGGAGAGAGAGAAUCCCAAGCAGGCUCUGCUCUGUCAGCACAAAGCCUAAUGUGGGGCUCGAACUCACGAAACCGUGAGAUCAUGACCUGAGCUGAAACCAAGAGUCGGACACUUAACUGACUGAGCCACCCAGACAUCCAGAAAAUACAUAGGUUCGUAAAAAUCCGUAUUUUAAACCAGAACAUUUUGCGUCUUUUAUUUUUAAUCUUUUCUGAGUGCCAACAAUUUUCUAGGUAUUAUAUAUAAUACAUAGGCUUUAGUCCCAAGGACUAUUACCAUACAUUUCACACUGGAAUGAAUGAAGUUGUACUUAAAUUUGAGGGGAAAAGAAAUAGUCAGGUCCCCAACUGAGACGGUGUUUUGCCUGGUUGAGAGUUACAUUGUACCUCUGGCACAAAACGUGUGAAAUUCUCAAAUGUGUUUGGCUAUUCAAAGGCAGUGUGUCUUCUCCCCGUUUUUCUUCUUAAAUACAAUCAGAAACAAGUUAUCUACUUCGGAAGAAUUAUUUUCAGUGAUCACACCACACUGGUUACCUAAAGGUGGCCCCAUCAUCUCCCCUAACUCCCACACGUUCUGCUUCUGUGUAUUGGAAUUCAAGUGAGUUGCAAUGGAUUGGGAUGUUGCAAUAUUCUUUCACGCUCAUGGGUUGUACUGUCCUCCACUGAUUUAGAAUGAUGUCUCUUUUGGGAAUACCCUAAACAGGAUUAUAAUAUUAUCUCAUUUCCACAUCAAUACCUGCCUAUAAAAGUGACAAAUCUUAUAAGAUUGAAUAUAACAGUCUUGCAAAAAAUGGAUGAAUGUCUCUGUUCAAUUGAGGAAAUAUGCACUGCCCUUUUGCUCAUUAGUUGAAGGACAUACCAAACUUAAAUUUUACAAGAAGGCUAGAGUUUUGUAAAAUCUUGGGUCCCACUCGUAAGACCACAUUCUAUCUGACUUGUUUCCCAAGGACACUCUAGGGAUGCUGUCUUUUCUGUGCAUGUUGUGAAUAGUAACCAUACUUUUAAAUUUGUGUUGUCAAUGAAAAUUUUACUUGAAAUUAAGGUUGUCUUUUGUUAUGUUUUUUUUUAACCUAUAGGAUAAGAUUCCAGUGUUGUAUGUGAAUGUCUAUAACAAAUAAAAAAAUCAAAUUGUGUACAUUUGGAAAUAUUUGCACAUAUUUUUUAUUAAAUGUAAAGUUGCCUUUGAAACUACUCCGAUGUGUCCUUUCUGAACAAAACUAUUACAUCUUAUAAAAAUGCUACCUUUUAAGUUUGCCAUCACUUUUAUCACCCCUCAUUUUGAUGUAUUCUUGAUGGCUCCAGUUCUGUUUAUGUGCAGUGUCUUUUAGGAAAGACUUACCAACGCAAUAAACAAUGUUAUAAAUAACCUCA